AUAUGGGCGGCACAGUGGCUCGGUGGGUAGCACUGUCGCCUCACAGCAAGAAGGUCCUGGGUUUGAUCCCCAGGCGGGGCAGUCUGGGUCCUUUCUGUGUGGAGUUUGCAUGUUCUCCCUGUGUCUGCGUGGGUUUCCUCCGGGAGCUCCGGUUUCCUCCCACAGUACAAAAACAUGCAGUCAGGUUAAUUGUAGACACUGAGUUGCCGAAUGGGUGUGUAUGUAUGUGUGUGUGUGUGUGUGUGUGUGUCUGCCCUGCGAUGGACUGGCCCCGUCCAGGGUGUUACUGUGUGAUUUGUGCCCAUUGAAAACCUGGGAUAGACUCCAGAACCCAAUCCCACCCCCAGGCCCGGGACCCUAAUUGGAUUAGCGGUUAAGAAAGUGAGUGACUAUGCAGACUGAAACCUGUGUGACUUCAGCUGGACGGACAUUGGACUUUGUUGGCUUCAUCACUCCUGUGGCCCAAAACAACGGCGAAUUUCAGAGGAAAAUCAUAAAAGUGGAGGAACCUGAGGAUGGAGAUGAUCUCCGUGGAGGGGCGUUAGACUCUGUGGGUCAUAUCACGGAGAGUGGAGCCUUCCAAAAGAAGUCUCCAAAGAAGGAACCUGAGGAUGAAGAGUAUAUCUGUGGAUACAUAAACCAGAGUGGGGAACUCCAGAAGAUGCCUCUGAAGGAAGAAGAACCUGAGGAUGAUGACUACCUCUACUGUGAGGAUUGCGGCUCCUUCUUCAUUAACAAGUGUGAGGUUCACGGUCCAGCUCUUUUCAUCCCAGAUACCCGUGUUCCUCUUGGGGUUGCUGAGCGAGCCAGACAAACCCUCCCAUCUGGCCUAGAAGUCCAGGAGUCUUGUAUUCCUGAUGCCGGCCUGGGGGUGUUUAAUAAAGGGGAGACCGUUCCGGUUGGUGCACACUUCGGACCCUACCAAGGAGAGCUGGUCGACAGAGAGGAAGCCAUGAACAGUGAAUACUCUUGGGUUAUAUACAAGACGGGGCAACUUGAAAAAUACAUAGAUGCCAAGAACGAGAUGCUUGCUAACUGGAUGAGGUAUGUGAACUGCGCUCGGAAUGCUGGGGAGCAGAACCUUGUGGCAUUCCAGUAUCAAGGGCUGAUUCUGUACCGUUGCUGUCAACCCAUCAGACCUGGACAGGAGUUUUUGUUGUCCUAUGAGGAGAAAUAUGCCAAAAAUCUCAGCAUUGCCUUCAACUUCAUCUGGGACAGGAAGUGUUCCACAAAUAGAACGAGCAGCACCCUGUCGCAAGUCUUCUCCUGUUCCUUCUGUCCAUUUUCUUUUACAUCUCAAAUGUACCUUCAGGAACACACCAGUAGAGAUCACUAUGAGGAAUAUGUCAAAUUGGGAGACAACCUAAUGCCCAGUGGUUGCUCCAGUACUCUGGGUACUCAUGCUUUUCGCAUUCUAGCGCUGAAUAAAAUCCACCACUGCCCACAUGGUGGAAAGAGUUUCACACAACAUAGUCAACUCCAAAUACACCAGCGCAUUCAUACAGACGAGAAGCCUCAUCAGUGCUCGCGGUGUGGGAAAUGUUUUAAGCAACACAGUCAUUUGGAAGGUCACUUGCGAAUUCACAGUGGAGAGAAGCCAUAUCAAUGCUUACAGUGUGGGAUGGCUUUUAUCGAAAAGAGGAAACUGGAAGCACACCAGCGCAUUCACACAGGAGAGAAGCCAUUUCCCUGCUCGCAGUGUGGAAAGAGCUUUACUGAAAAAAAGAAUCUCCAAGGACACAUGAAGGUUCACACUGAGGAGAAGCCUUAUAACUGCUCGCAGUGUGGGAAGAGCUUUAAAGAAAGUAGGACUCUGCAACAGCACUGUUGCAUUAACACAGGAGAGACUCCGUAUCGCUGCUUAGAGUGUGGAAAGAGCUUUACUGGCAAGAAGAAACUCCAGACCCAUCAGCGCAUUCACACCGGAGAGAAGCCCUAUCAGUGCUCGCAUUGUGGAAAGGCUUUUAAUCAGAAAGGGAAUUUGCAGCAACACCAGCACAUUCACACAGGAGACAAGCCACAUCAGUGCUCAGAGUGCGGGAAGAGUUUUUACAGACAGACCGAUCUUCAGCGCCACCAGCGGAUUCACACAGGUCUCAAGCCGUACCCCUGCUCCCAAUGUGGGAAGAGUUUCAGUCACCUGGGUACCCUCCAACAACACCUGCGCAUUCACACAGGUGAGAAGCCGUAUCAGUGCACGCAGUGUGGAAAGACUUUCAAUCAGCAGGGAAAUCUCCAAAAGCACCAGCGCAGUCACUCUGGAGAGAAGCCCUAUCACUGUUCCCAGUGUGGCAAGAGUUUCGCCGAAAAGAAGGUACUCCAGUCACAUCAGCACUGCCACACAGGACAGAAGCCGUUCCCCUGUCCAGACUGUGGCAAGACGUUUACCGCGAAAAGGAAUCUUCGUACGCAUCAGCGCAUUCACACUGGAGAGAAGCCGUAUUACUGCGCACAAUGCGGCAAGAGUUUCACUCUACAGAGCACUCUCCAAACACAUCAGCGCAUUCACACCGGAGAGAGGCCGUUUCGGUGCUCACAGUGUGGGAAGGGUUUUACUCACCACAGUAAUCUCCAGCAGCACCAGCGCAUUCACACAGGAGAAAAGCCGUUUCAGUGCUCGCAGUGUGGCAAGAAUUUUACCCACCAGAGUAGUUUUCAACAGCACCAGCGCCUCCACACGGGCGAGAAGCGCUAUCACUGUUCACAAUGCGGCAAGAGCUUUUUUCGGGCCAGAGAUCUCCAACGGCACUGGCUGAUGCACACUGGCGAGAAACCCUAUCACUGCUUACAGUGUGGGAAGAGUUUUACUGAAAAGCGUAAACUCCAAACACACCAGUGCAUUCACACAAGAGAGGAGCUCCAUCAUUCUUCACAGUGAUGGAGGGAACAUUCAGAAUAGUUUUAGGUAUCCUGAAUGUUUAUAC